AUGGCCACUUCUUCCACAAUGGCGGAUAGUGGAUCAAAGCUACAAGACAGUGAGAAGAAACGCAGGCGCGAAAAGAUAGUUCGCUUAACUCUUGAAAUUCUGGAAAGUGAAAAGGACUACCAGGUGCUAAAUAUUCUUGGAUGUGGUACCUACGGUGAUGUGUUCCAGGUAUAUGAUUCUAAAAGAGAUAUUGAAAUCGCAGCGAAGGUUGUUACUUCGGAUAAUAUCUCAGAAAUGGAACUGAGCUUGUGGCCAAAAUUGAAUCAUCCUAAUAUUGUCCCUCUUAUGGAGUUGUUUACAUUGAAUCUGCUCGAUGUGGUGAUAUUCGUUAUGCCUCUUCAAUACAAGACACUGCAUGAUCUGUUAUUUGAUACUCGAUUCUCUAAGUCUCGAAACUCUUCCUUCUACUUAAAGAGAUGGUUCUUCGAGAUUCUUUGUGCCAUCAAUUACAUGCACGAACAUGAAAUGUGUCAUUUAGAUAUUAAAGUAGACAAUGUGCUGAUCACGCAUACAUUUUCAGCAAUGCUCUGUGAUUUUUCAUUCUUGAAUGAGACAACGAAACCUCUCGAAAGAUAUGAUUUGGGUCUUCCGUACAUCUAUCGUCCUCCAGAAGCAUGUAUUUCAUUAGGAAAAAGUAUAUCAUUAAACGGAAUAGCAUAUGACAUGUGGGGAUAUGGAGUUAUGGUGGUGGAAAUUUUCACUCAUAUGUCUUUGGCUAUAACAAUCAUGGACUGCAAAUGUUGGUUCAAAGAAGUUUACCCUAUUUUGUUUGAUAUGCUUCAGGAGGACGAAUUUACAGCAAAGUUGUUCAAAGCUCUACCUGGAAUUAAUGCUAAAGAAUGUGAACCAGCAUUAGCUUUGAAUUUCAUCCAUAUGUUCUUGAAAGUGGAUCCAUUCCAAAGAUCUUCAGCUGAAGAAGCAAAACAGCAUGUUUUCUUAGGGUCUGGUUCAAUAAUUUCUAAAGCUGAUGAAAUCUGGAAAAAUAAAGUUGAAGAAAUAGUAAUCGUUAACAGAAGUGAUGAUGACAACGGCUCAGAUGAACCUGAAUGCUCCCAUAAGAGAAAUUCUCAAACUACUGAAGAUUUUGACUAUGAACAUAGUUCCAGGGAUAGUCAUUCAGAUAUUGGUCUUGAAACAGAAAACUAUUGUCCCGAAGUCUUUGAAACGAAACCUCCUAUUGGGACAGAAGAUUCGGAUCUCUUUGAUUCUAUGGAAAUUUCAACCAGUUAUCGAGCAGCCGUUUCAGAUUUCCAGUCACUUGCGAAGGAAGAAAGCUCUGAGAAAAUUUCUGCUAGUAUUGAUAUUUGCUUACAUGACCAAGAAAUUUAUCAGAGCAAUAAUUUGAAAGGUUAUGGUAACGACGAGUCAGUAAAUAGCUGCACACCAUCCAAACUCCAACAGCAGCUGAAAAUAUCAAGUAGUAAAAUAAAAAUUGUAUCGCCUAAACAGUCUUGA